AUGGCCUCGCUUCUCGUUCAAGUGGGGUUGUUCAAAGAAGCCGAGGAGUUGCUUUUCGCGUUGGAGAAUAAUGAAAUUUUUGACGAUCUCAUCAAAGGGUAUGCUGGUGCGAGAGAAUGGGAGAAGGGAGUCUUUGUGUGUGAUUUUAUGAAGGGUAGAGGGAAGGUUCCCUCGAGGGAUUGUUACGGUGUCUUGGUUGAUCUUUUGGUGAAAGUGAAGAGGACGAGUCUUGCAUAUAGGCUGGCUUUUGAUUUGGUGGAUUUGGGUGUACCAUUGAGUGUACCAUUGAGUGGUGAUGAAUUGAGGGCAUUGGAGAUGGUUAUGGUGCAGCUUUGCAUUGGUGGGAGGAUUCAGGAAGCAAGGAACUUGGUGAAGAAGGUGUUGGUUCUUAAUUGUGAGGUUAGUAGUUUGGUUUUUGAUGAAAUUGCGUUUGGAUACUGUGAGAGGAGGGACUUCAAAGAUUUGGUUAGUUUCUUUGUUGAAAUAAAGCGUGUCCCUAGUGUGAAGGCUGCUAAUAGAGUUAUGAAUUCAUUGUGUAGGAAUUAUGGUGUAGAAAGGGCAGGAUUGUUUUUGCAAGAGCUAGAGAGUUUAGGUUUUAGUCCUGAUGAAGUAACCUACGGGAUAUUGAUUGGUUGGAGUUGUCGAGAAGGGAAGAUGGUAAAUGCAUUGAGUUGUUUAUCAGCUAUGCUAUCAAAAAGCUUUGUGCCACAUAUGUAUUCUUACAAUGCUCUUAUAAGUGGGUUGUUUAAGGUAGGUAUGGUGGAUCUUGCACGUGAGAUUGUUGAUGAGAUGAUUGAAAGGGGGACACUGCCUGAUGUUUCGACUUUCAGAGUUCUUAUGGCAGGGUAUUGUAAGUGCAGGAAGUUUGAUAAAGUGAAAAGUUUGGUUCAUGAGAUGGAGAACCGUGGACUGAUUAAGCUCUCUUUGAUGGAGAAUCCGAUUUCCAAGGCUUUUCUGAUUUUGGGCUUUGAUCCUUUGAGUGUGAAGUUGAAACGAGACAAUGAUGGGGGACUUUCGAAAACGGAGUUCUUUGAUGAUGUUGGAAAUGGACUUUAUUUGGAUACAGAUGUUGAUGAGUAUGAGAAACACUUAACUUUGGAUCUUGAAGAAUCCAUGGUGCCCAACUUCAAUUCAUUUGUGGGGAAGGAAUGUAGCAAUGGUAACCUGAAAAAGGCAUUGAUUUUGGUUGAGGAAAUGCUUUGUUGGGGACAAGAAUUGUUGCUGCCCGAAUUCUCAAAGUUAGUGAGACAACUCUGUUCAUCUCGGUCGCAAACCACGUCAAUGACCCAUCUUUUAGAGAAAAUGCCACGGUAUGCCCAUAAACUUGACCAAGAAACUCUCAAUUUAGUUGUACAGGCAUACAACAAGAAAGGCUUACUGUCCAAAGCGAAAACUACACUGGAUGAAAUGCUUCAAAACAAAUUUCAGGUGACCAAUGAGACAUAUACUGCCAUAUUAAUGACUUUGUGUAAGAAGGGAAACAUGAAAGACUUCAAUUUUUAUUGGGAUGUCGCAUGUAGAAAUAAAUGGUCACCAGGUUUGGAGGAUUUUAAAUCUCUUCUUGUUCUUAUGUGCCAACAGAAAAUGCUUAAGGAAGCAUCACUGUUUCUUGAAAUCAUGCUUUUAUCACACCCUUACUUAAAGUCGGACAUAUGCCAUGUGUUUGUGGAAGUACUUUCUGGUAAGGGUCUUACAGACAUUGUACUUUUAGCUUUAAAACAAUUACAACUUCGUUUCAUCUUGGAUGACACUGGUUAUAAUAAUCUUUUAAGGGGCUUAUGUAACGAGGGAAACUUUUCUCUUGCCUUUACCGUAUUGGAUGAUAUGCUAGAUAGAUCUUUGGCACCUUGUUUGGAUAUUUCAGUCUUGUUAAUCCCUCAAUUAUGCAAGGCUCAAAGAUAUGACAAAGCUAUUGCAUUAAAAGAUAUACUCUUGAAAGAGCAUCAUUCAUUUUCUCAUGCUAUAGAUUGUGCAUUGAUGCGUGGAUUUUAUAAUAUGGGGAGCAUAGGGAAAGCUGAAGCUAUGUUCCGUGAGAUGUUAUCUAAAGGGUUUAGUCCAGACGAAGAACUGUGUAACAUGCUUAUUCAGGGUCACUGUCAAGCUAAUGACUUGAGAAAAGUGGGGGAACUACUUGCUGUUGCGAUAAGAAAGAGUUGGGUGCUAUCCCUCACAAGUUACAGGAAUAUGGUGCGAUCAGUUUGUAGGAAAGGUGGAGUCUGGUUUGCUCUGAGCUUAAAGAACCUUAUGCUUGCACAAUGUGCACUUGAUGGCCAUAUCAUAUAUAACAUUCUCAUAUUCUAUCUUUUAUCAGCUGGAAAUAGUUUAGCUGUUAACAAGAUACUAGCUGAAAUGGAAGAGAAGAAAGUUGUGCUUGAUGAAGUUGGUCUCAACUUUCUUGUCUAUGGUUUCUUGCAAUGUAAAGAUUUAUCUCGUUCUCUGAGUUAUCUUGCCAUUAUGAUUUCAAAGGGGUUCAAACCAAGUAAUCACAAUUUGAGGAAGGUAAUAAGCAGCCUGUGUGAUGCCGGGGAUCUGCAGAAAGCCCUGAAAUUGAGUCAAGAAAUGAGAUUAAGAGGCUGGAUACAUGAUUCUGCAAUUCAAACAUCUAUUGUUGAAAGCCUUCUGUUGAGUGGUAAGAUACAAAAUGCAGAAACCUUUUUGGACAGGAUGGGAGAGGAAUCUCUGACCCCUGAUAAUAUCAAUUAUGAUUACCUUAUAAAGUGUUUUUGCCAGCAUGGAAGACUGAAUAAUGCAGUUCAUCUUAUGAACACAAUGCUGAGGAAAAAUAACAUUCCAAUUUCCACCAGUUAUGAUUUUAUCAUUAUUGGAUAUUGUGCACAGAAUAAAUUGGACAUAGCUAUGGAUUUUUACUCUGAGAUGUUGAACUGGAAUCUCAAACCAAGAAUUGAGACAUUGGAAAUGCUUGUCCAAAGAUCCUGCCAAGAUGGCAAGACAGAAUUAGCAGAACAAUUCCUAGUGGACAUGAGUCAUGGAGGUGAAACUCCAACCAGAAAAAUGUAUUGCACUGUAAUUAAGAGUUAUCACAUGGAAAAAAAUCUCAGGAAGGCAUCAGAGCUGAUGCAAGCCAUGCAGGAAAAUGGCUACCAGCCUGAUUUUGAAACACAUUGGUCUCUCAUAAGCAACUUAAACAGUGUCAAAGCAAAAGACACUGAUAAUGGUGGCAAGGGUUUUUUAUCAAGACUUCUUUCCAAAAGUGGUUUUCUUCAAAAGAAAUGA